GUCACAAAUAGGAGAGCUCAACAGAUGGUCUUUCGGAGUGUAGCGUGAGUGAGGGUGUGUGUGUGUACUCCCGUGGCUGUAAACACAAACUAGCUUCCAGAUUUUGUGUCCCAAUCAUGCCGGUCGCUGUGGCGCCAGACGAUCCUCUCGCUGCGGGGGUCCCGGACCCCUCGGUCGUCGCCGGCUACGCAGACUGCCUCAAAGAAGCCCUGAAAUUCCUGCUGGAGAGAGAGCGUCUCCCUCCACAACAUCCUGUGGUGGCCGGUCUUGCUCUCCAUCUCGCCCGACCCAGCGCUAGAAGUGGCCUCCGACGAGCGUCGCACGACGCAGUAGCUAAACAUCGACUCAGAAAUGAGCAACAAAGUCUCGUUGAUCGCGGCCUUCAUCAGGUCAAGCAUACAGUUCCGAUAGGCAAAGCUCGAACCUCUUCAAGGUUCAGGCCGUUGCUGCCUAACUCAGUUGCAGGCUCUACGCACGACGCUGACACGGACGCUUCUCAGUCACAGCGGGAUGUUAACGGAGAGCUUAGACGGAACCUGCAGCAGAUAGUGGAAAACUUGGAAUACGCCAUCAAUGACACACAAGAUGACGACGACUCUGACUGCUAUUUUUCUGAUGAAGACGAAAGCAUUUCAGAAGUUACCGAACCCGACGACCAUCCAAACUACGACGUUGACGAGAACGAUUUGGAUGCUGAGAUUGACACAAUACUUGGCGACGCAGUGCUGCGCCGUGAGCUGGUGAGGUUGGUGUACCAGGGCUGUGAUCUGGUCGCUGCUGCUCCUGUUCAGGCAGCUGCUGCUAUCCUGCCUGCCUCGCCUGCUUCGCCGCAGCUGGGCGCUACUGCUGAUCCUGAAGCACAGCCUAUUCCUAAUCCCCUGCAUAUUUAGGCGCUUGCAACAAAAUUAUUUUAAGAUCAAUAUCAGCAAUUCGACUGGAACCGAUAUGCUAUUUUUUCCUCGAUAUGUUUUUUGGUCCUAAAUUACAUAGAAAAAAAAAAAACAUUCUCGCUGUGCGCAUACUGAGUAGCGCUCUGAAAAUUCUUAUAUUGACCGUAUGUUCUAUGUUCAUGAAAUGCAAGACUGCAAUUGGCAGGAUUCGUUUGCAGUGUUUUAGGAUUCGUUGAGGGAGUAAAGGCCUAUUGAUUAGCAUUGAUUAUUGUGCCUCGGGACACUUGGACAGCACCCUUGCCUUCCAUUGUAUUCGAAUGAAGCAUUUCGGCGGCACGAGAAUUCAUCUGGCAUUUAAUAAAUAUUUUUAACUCUUCUGGCGGCUUCAUACGUUACCAGCUUCAAUUCUAAGCGCAGUUAUUGAAUUCUCUCGCGAUGCCAGCUGCUAUUUUGUUUGCUCAAGAAUCGAUUCAAAAUAUGAUUCUCAAAUUUAUUAGUCGUAAGAAUAAACAUAUUCUAGUCAAUAUUACCAAAUGAAAUGAUAUCAUGAUACUAUAUUAAGCCUAACUUAUUAAAUCGAGCAGUGAAUUUCUCACAGUUCAUUUAGUGAAUAAGGUAAUCCACCGUAUUUUAGGUGCAAAUGAACGCCGUAUAAAAAUUUAUUCAUAUAUUUUGUAUCAUUCUAGAUUAAGAC